UCAGAGAUUCUCACCAUGAAGCUCCUGUCUCUGUUUCUGGUCGUAAUGGUGACCCUGUCUGGCCUGAUCGGCUGGGCCAGAGCUAUGCCUGACCCCGACCCAGAGGCUGACCCAGCCGGCUUCGGCAGGUUUCAUGGCGGAGGUAGUAGUCAUGGCUUCCACAGGGGUCACGGCCAUGGAGUUGGAAGGGUUCAUGGCCAAGGCUUUGCAAGGGCUCACAGUCGUGGCUUCGGUGCUCCCCAUGGCCAAGGCAUUUACGGAUAAUGAAAAGGACGCCAGAUAUCUACCACUGCAAUCAACUCAUUUGUAUACCGUAGGAGAUCCAAAUCUUUAUCAUACUGUAGAAUGGUAUUCAUCUCCUUGUUCCAGAAAUAAACAGCCAAAUCAAAA